AUGGUAUCUCCCAACGUCGACAGAUACACAUCUGCGAAAUCUAUUAUCCGUCCCAAGUGUCUCCAAUGUCUCGCCGAUACCAUCUCCCUCGAUGAAAAGAGCGCGGAAUAUCUAUUCAAGGCGUUCGAUGUCAGUAACGGCGAUUUGCACAGUACCUCGCCUGUCGCUAUCUCGCCGCUUCUGCCGCCCUUGGAGCCAUUUGCCGAGCCUCCGUCAUUCUCCCUGCCGCCGAGGGACGACGAAAGCGAUGUUAAACAUCCUUAUCUGUCUACCCCGUUACGCAUGAAGCAUUUCUCAAAGCUCAGUCCAACUAUCCUUCGAGGUCUCUUGCGCUCUCCGUCUCUUCGAGUCUUCACACCAGAUCCAAGUGUCUCAGAAGAGCACUCCGGAUACCUUCUGGAUCCCGCUCUUAUCACAUCAUCUCGUUCUUUUGAACACUUGGAUUCCAACCAUCCACCCACGGACGCAGCUGAAGGGCACAAUCUACCAUAUCUUAUUAGCCCUCCACCUGCCGCUAAAAUUCCGAGUGUUCCACAUCUGCCUGUAUGCGACGAAAUAUACACUGCUAAAAUGUCUCAAACUGUGGGCCCCGUCUUAUUUCAUUCGAAAAAGUUUGUUUCGCCACUGCCCUCCCCGCCAUUCGAGGAACGUCGACCAUCCCUACGUACUCAUACCUGCCCUGCUUCAAGUUUGUCUGCGUCGACGAUCGCGCAAUUUCGCCUGGUCGUCGAUGAACUUGGUCGUACGGGAAACGGUCUAGAAAAACGCAAACCAUUACAAUCAAACCUGCGGCCAUCCUUGCUUCCCGAGGCUAGUAGAACUGUGGAUCUGCAGUCGCAAGGAAGCACUGGGGUAGUUGGGAACGUCACUCCUCUGACGAUGCGUGCUCAUGGAGUGUUAGAAGCGGAGUUCGUCGACCUUCUUCUACAACGCGCAGAAAGAGAGGAAGCGGAAGCGGAACAGCUAAGGACAUCAGCAAUGAGACUUCGGAUGUUGGCACAACGUAGACGCAAACUCGCCCGUAUUGUGCAGAAAUAG